AUGGCAGGCGAGACAGUAUCCAUGACGGAACCAGUAUGUCUGAUUGAGAACGACAGUGAUGGGAAGCUGCGUGUGGUCCGCAGUGCACUGGACAUCCUGGACCAGAUUGACCAGCAUGUGGUAGUGGUGGCGGUGGUCGGGCUGUACCGCACCGGCAAGUCCUACCUCAUGAACAAGCUGGCUGGGGAGAGGAAAGGUGAGCACAUCCACUAAAGCAUUUUUUAAUCUAUGGUCCGACCAAAGUUCCCCCCAAAAUAUAAACACAACAUGUAAAGUGUUGGUCCCAUGUUUCAUGAGCCUAAAGAAAAUAUACCAGAAAUGUUCCAUACGCACAAAAAGCUUAUUUCUCUGAAAUGCUGUGCACAAAUUUGCUUACAUCCCUGUUAGUUAGCAUUCCUCUUUUGCCAAGAUAAUCCAUCCACCUGACAGGUGUGGCAUAUCAAGAAGCUGAUUCAACCAUAUGAUCAUUACACAGGUGCACCUUGUGCUGGGGACAAUAAAAGGCCACACUAAAAUGUGCAGUUUUGUCACACUACACAAUGCCACCGGCGUGCUGGAGAAGUGUGCACUUCACAGAUGAAUCACGGUUUCAACCCCUUAUCAGGCAGAUGGUGUCGUGUGGGCGAGCGGUUUGAUGAUGUCAACGUUGUGAACAGAGUGCCACAUGGUGGCGGUGGGGUUAUGGUAUGGGCAGGCAUAAGCUACUGACAACCAACACAAUUGCAUUUUAUCAAUGGCAAUUUGAAUGCACAGAGAUACCAUGACGAGAUACUGAGGCCCAUUGUUGCGCCAUUCAUCCGCCGCCAUCACCUAGUGUCAGCAUGAUAAUGCACAGCCCCAUGUCGCAAUAAUCUGUACACAAUUCCUGGAAGCUGAAAAUGUCCCAGUUCUUCUGCAUACUCACCAGACAUGUCACUCAUUGAGCAUUUUUGGGAUGCUCCGGAUCGACGUGUACGACGGCGUGUUCCAGUUCCCUCCCGAGUGGCACUGCAUCUCAGUGCUUGAGGCGUCACUACAGACCCCCUGGUUCGAUUCCAGGCUGUAUCACAACCGGCCGUGAUUGGGAGUCCCAUAGGGCAGCGCACAAUUGGCCCAGCGUCGUCCGGGUUUGGCCGGUGUAGGCUGUCAUUGUAAAUAAGAAUUUGUUCCUAACUGACUUGCCUAGUUAAAUAAAGGUGAAAUCAAAUAAAAUAUAUCCAGCAACUUCGCAGAGCCAUUGAAGAGGAGUGGGACAACAUUCCACAGGCCACAAUCAACAGCCUGAUCAACUCUAUGCGAAGGAGAUGUGUUGCGCUGCAUGAGGCAAAUGAUGGUCACACCAGAUACUGACUAGUUUUCUGAUCCACGCCCCUACUUUUUGUUUGUUUUAAGGUAUCUGUGUCCAACAGAUGCAUAUCUGUAUUCCCAGUCAUGUGAAAUCCAUAGAUUAGGGUGUAAUGUAUUUAUUUAAAUUGUCUGAUUUCCUUAUUUGAACUGGAACUCAGUUCUCUUUCAGUUUUACACCAUAAAGUACAACCAAACAGCAGAGCAAACAUCAAAAAAACAUUUUGUUCCGACCCCAUUUGUUCAAGGUGGGUUCUGUAGAUAAAUGGUGGCGUAUUGCACUUGCUGCUAGUUUCACUUUCAGUCUGUUAGUAUGAUAUACAGUAUAACUAGACAAAAAGGUUAAUCUGAAAACCAGCUGCCUUGAGUAAACACUUUAAAUCCAGCUGCCUCUUUACAGAUUCCUUAUUUUAAUGUCCUAAGAACAGUUUUUAUCCUCUGUCCUCAAGGUUUUGCCCUUGGAGCCACCAUCCAGUCCAAAACUAAGGGCAUCUGGAUGUGGUGUGUGCCUCAUCCUGAAAAAAGAGACCACACCCUGGUGCUGCUGGAUACAGAGGGGCUGGGGGAUGUGGAGAAGGUGGGAGGUCAAAGUUCACUCUCUGUCAAAAACCUUUUAUGGCUCAGAUUGUUUAGAUGACAGAUAGCAUUGCUAUGGGUAAAGUCCCAUGUUAUCUCAGUGGACUGUGUCUAGUACUGAUGGCUGAUGUCUUCGGCAGGUAGCUUAGUGGUUAAGAGCGUUGCGUUGCGUUGUGCCAGUAACCGAAAGGUCGCUGGUUUUAAUCCCCGAGCCGACUAGGUGAAAAAUGUGUCGAUGUGCCCUUGAGCAAGGCACUUAACCCUAAUUGCUCUGGAUAAGAGCGUCUGCUAAAUGACUAAAAAUGUAAACUGUAUAUAAUGUCUGACUUAUAAAUGAAUGAUAUAUACCCAUUGAUUCUGAAGAACAUAACUUAUAUAUGAUGCCCCAUGAGCUUAGUUCAACUGUCGUACCCCAUCAGAACCCAACAUAUAAGCUUGUUUUACUUCAAUGUUUGUAAAUGUAAAUAAACAUCAUUUUAAAAAAUACUAUUAUGAUAUCAUGGAUGGUGAGUUAUUGCAUCCAUAGCUCAGUCUAUUAAGUUGAGUGGUUACAUUUCUCCAAAACUGAGGCAGGUUGUAAGCUUUGUUAAUGUUUCAAUUAAGAAUUCUAGCUUUGACCUUUAUUUAGGUAGGGAGCCCAUAAAACGGCAUAUGGAGUAGACAUUUCGUUACUGACUUUAUUCCAAUCCACUCUAGUAUGAACAGAGUACCAAUGUGUUCCUUCUGUUGUGUCUGCAGGGUGAUGAGAAGAAUGACAACUGGAUCUUUUCCCUGGCUGUCCUGCUCAGCAGUACUCUGGUGUACAACAGCCUGGGAACCAUCGACAACAACGCCCUGGAGAAACUACAGUAUCCUUCAGCAGGCCUAUAAAGAAAUAUAGAUUGAUGUAGUCUAAUUUGGUUCGAGGAACUCUAUCGUACUCUUUGAACCAGACACCAGUUUACUGUGUAGUGUUGUAUGUCUAGGUUCAUUUCCUCCUCAACAUCCGAGCGCUAAUUGCUCAGCACUAUACUGUAUGUUAGUAUAUCUGGUUUCAUUUAGUCCUCAACACCACCCUUUACAGCUAUGUGACAGAACUGACAGAGCACAUCAAGGUGAAGUCCAACCAGCGAGACGGGGAGGAAUCUUCAGAGUACCUGCGUUACUUUCCUUCCUUUGUGUGGACAGUCAGAGAUUUCACCCUGACCCUGGAGGUUGAUGGAAUACCCAUCACAGCCAAUGAGUACCUGGAGAACGCUCUUAAACUGAAAACAGGUGAAGGGAACACCAGCUAGCGCAGCUAACUUAAUCUCUUAAUCUAAACCAUGGUUAGAUUGAAUUUACCAAGGUUGACAAUGCCUUUAUAAAAGACACGUUUGAUAUAAAUAAAUAUUAAAUGCAUUUCUUCCACAAAAAAUGUGAUGGUUAAUCAUAUUUUAUUUGUUGAUUGAUGUACUUUUCCUUUAAUUUACAAAGGUCAUAGUAAGAAAGAUCAGACAUACAACCUGCCUCGUAGCUGCCUGCGGAACUAUUUCUCUCCUCGCUGGUGCUUUGUGUUUGAGAGGCCAGCCAGCAGAGACAAAAUGAGACGUAUGGAGGAGCUGACCGAUGCUGACCUGGAGCCCUCCUUUGUGGAGCAAGCCAAGGAGUUCUGUGACCAUGUCUUCAAGGAGGCCAAGACCAAGACCCUGAAACAGGGCCUGAAAGUUACUGGCAGACGUGAGUAUUAAAACACUGAUAUUGAGGAUGGAAAGCACUUAUGAAAGUAGGUAAUGAUUUUUAAUAAUCAAAUCCAAUUUUUUAUUUGUCACACGCGGCAAAUACAACAGGUGUAGACCUUACAGUGAAAUUCUUACAAGCCCUUAACCAACAAUGCAGUUUUAAGAAAAAUAAGUGUUAAGUAAAAAAUAAGAGCAGCAGUAAAAUAAAAUAACAGUAGGGAGGCUAUACAUUUACAUUUACAUUUUAGUCAUUUAGCAGAUGCUCUUAUCCAGAGCGACUUACAGUUAAUUAGUGCCUACAUUAUGUUUUUCAUACUGGCCCCCCGUGGGAAUCUAACCCACAACCCUGGUGUUGCAAACGCCAUGCUCUACCAACUGAGCUACAUCAGGGGGUACCGGUACAGUCAAUGUGCGGGGGCACAGGUUAGUUGAGGUAAUUGAGGUAAUAUGUACAUGUGAGUAGAGUUAAAUUGACUAUGCAUAGAUAUUAAACAGAGAGUAGCAGCAGCGUGAAAGGGGGUGGGGUGGGGGGACAAUGCAAAUAGUCCGGGUAGCCGUGAUUAGCUGUUCAGGAGUCUUAUGGCUUGGAGGUAGAAGCUGUUAAGAAGCCUUUUGGACCUAGACUUGGCGCUCCGGUACCGCUUGCCGUGCGGUAGCAGAGAGAACAGUCUAUGACUAGGGUGUCUGGAGUCUUUGACAAUUUUUAGGGCCUUCCUCUGACACCACCUGGUAUAGAGGUCCUGGAUGGCAGGAAGCUUGACCCCAGUGAUGUACUGGGCUGUACGCACUACCCUCUGUAGUGCCUUGCGGUCGGAGGCCGAGCAGUUGCCGUACCAAGCAGUGAUGCAACCAGUCAGGAUGCUCUCAAUGGUGCAGCUGUAGAACUUUUUGAGGAUCUGAGGACCCAUGCCAAAUCUUUUCAGUCUCCUGAGGGGGAAUAGGCUUUGUCGUGCCCUCUUCACGGCUGUCUUGGUGUGUUUGGACCAUGAUAGUUUGUUGGUGAUGUGGACACGAAGCAACUUGAAGCUCUCAACCUGUUCCACAACCUCUCCCUCAACGUGCUCAGUCCUCUUUUUUUUCUUCCUGUAGUCCACAAUCAUCUCCUUUGUCUUGAUCAUGUUGAGGGAGAGGUUGUUAUAUUGGCACCACACAGCCAGGAUAACAACUACACUAAUAUAACUACACUACUGCUGCUAGUAUAACCAUUUCCUCUAUUUUUACUACUACUACUACUACUACUACUACUACUACAACCACCAUGACCAGUACAACUACCAACACCAUUAGUACUUAAAUUACUACUAAUUCUAAUACUUACAUUACAUCUAUACAAGGACCACUACAGCACUACCACCAUUAGUACCACAACUACCAGAUAUGCUGAUUCCCUGCCCCCUCCUGCAGUGCUGGGGAACCUGGCAGAGACUUAUGUGUCUGCCAUCCGGAGUGGGCAGAUCCCCUGCCUGGACAACGCUGUGUUGGCGCUGGCCCAGAUUGAGAACUCCAGUGCCAUCGAGAGGGCCAGGGCCCACUACCAGAAAGGCAUGGCUGACUGGGUGGCCUACCCCACAGAGACCCAAGAGGAGCUGUCUGAAGUGCAUGCUGUCAUGGAGAAGGAGGCUGUGGCCAUAUUCAUCAACAGCUCCUUUAAAGACGAGGACCAGAAGUACCAGUUGGAGCUCAUGGUAUGGGAGUGUAGAUUCUAUAUUCAAUGAGUCAAUUCAAUUCAAUGAGUCAAGUCAAUUCAGUGAUGCAUGUAUUUAACAAGAGGAGGAUAAUUUGUCAUUUGGGUGAGCUAUCCCUUCAUGCUACACUUACAUGUACAUUUUAGUCAUUCAGCAGACGCACUUAUCCAGAGCGACUUACAGAAGCAAUUAGGGUUAAGUGCCUUGCUCAAGGGCACAUCGACAGAUUUCUCACCGUUUAUUACCUCAACUGAACCAAGACAUUCUGGUUUGUUCUGGUACAUUCUGAACCAGCCUUAUCCUUUCUGUAGAAAGUGCUUCAGGAGGAGUACGAGAAGAUCUGUGAGAGGAACUACAAGGAGUCCCAGAAGGCAUGCAAGUCCAAAAUUGAAUGCAUCUUUGCCCCUCUGGAGGAGCAAAUAAGGGAUGGCUCCUACAUGACCUCUGGAGGAUACAAAAAGUACUGCAAUGAUCUGAAACUGGCCACCAGCGAAUACAGAUCUGAGGGAGGCAGGGGAGUGAAGGUAUGUUGGGGAGGUGAUGCUUCAGCUAUUUUAGGACAGUAUGCAAUUAUCAUGUUUUGUGGAUGCUGUUCAAAGGAGGUAUGAAUGCACUGAUGUGAUGUUGAAAGUUAAACAUUAUGUGUGGUGGUUCCAGGCUGAAGAGGUACUGAAGGAGUACUUGGAAAGGAAGGCCAGCAUUGGUCAGGCCAUCCUGUCAGCAGACCAGUCCCUCAGUGAAGCUGAGCAGAGAGCAGAAGGUGAUAUACAGUCACCAUGAAAAUGCACACCAUGACCUGGCAACAACAUUCUAAUGACCACCAAAUGGAGGCUUACCUCUCGCUCUCUUUGAUAUUUCUCUCUCUCUCUCUCACACACAUACUCUGUCUAUCUUUCUCUGCAGCGGAGAAAGCGAAAAGGGAAGCAUCUGAACGGGAGAAUCGCGCCAUGGAAGAGCAGCUGGAAGUCCAGGAGAAGUUGAGAGUGGACCAGCAGAGGACAUAUGAGGAGAAUGUGAACCAGCUGAUGGAGAGGAUGAAGAGAGACAGUAGAAAUGCCAUAGCAGAGCAUGAUAGAGUUCUGCAGGCCAGACUCAGGGUAGGAAUAAAAAAAACACAAACAUUGAAAAGUACACUUUAAAACUACAGUAACUGUAGGGGUAAGAUUAAAUGUGUAUAUUUGUUUUGUUUUAGUGACACUGUCUGUGAUGUGUAAAAACAAACCUUGUAAUUUCAGGAGCAGAACGACCUUCUCCAGCAAGGGUUUGAUGACCGAGCACACCAAAUGCAAAGAGAGAUAGAUGCCCUUAAGGGUGCGAAGGCAGAAGAGGAACAGAAAACCCCCUCAUUUAUGAGCACAGCUCUGGAUACUGUUGGGACUGCAGCUACCUUGUUCCUUCCAGGAAUAAUUCCCAAAGUAGGAGGAAUGGCUGUGAAAUGGUUGUCAAAGUGGUUCUGAUGUUGGUGCUCGAGGAGGAUGAUGAGCUGUUAUUCUUAUAGACAUGUGGAUUGACUGAAUUGGUAUUUAUUGAUAGUUGAUUCAUUGAUUUAGGUUAAGCACUCAGUCAAGGUUUUUCAUUUUCAUAAAUAAUUUGCAUGCCUAAUC